UUUUUAAUUUCCUAACCAAAAAAAAAAAAAAAAGAAAAAUUCAAGUGUUUUGUAUGUAUAUUACCGGGACACUUCAUACCGUAUUCAAUGAACAUCAUCGAAGGGAAAUGCUGUGGUAUAUGUACUGCCAUCAGAAUGAAGAUGGUGGGUGGGGAUUGCACAUUGAAGGGCCAAGUAUGAUGAUGUGUACGGUUCUCAACUAUCUGGCCAUGAGGAUACUCGGAGAAGGUCCGGAUGGCGGCCUGAACAAUGCGUGUAGCAGAGCCAGAAAGUGGAUUCUUGAUCGUGGUGGCGCCAUGUACUCUGGAUCUUGGGGAAAGACUUGGAUGGCUAUUCUGGGUGUGUAUGAUUGGGAAGGAAGCAACCCAAUGCCACCAGAGUUUUGGUUCCGUCAAACUCUGGUCCCUUUGCAUCCAUCCAAAAUGUUCUGCUAUUGUCGUUUGAUGUUCAUGCCCAUGUCAUAUUUUUAUGGAAAGAGGUUCGUUGGGCCCAUCACACCACUCAUUCAACAGCUUAGAGAAGAAAUCUACAACCAACCAUACAAUCAAAUCAAAUGGCCUAGAGUCCGCCAUUUUUGUGCAAAGGAGGAUAAUUACUACCCCCAUGGUCGAUUACAACGCUUGAUGUGGGAUGGUUUUUACUACGUGGCCGAGUCUCUUCUGAAUAGCAGGUUCUUCAAAAGGAUAAGAGAGACUGCUGUCCGAAAAGCAAUCGACUAUAUCCAUUAUGAAGAUGAGAACAGUCGGUAUAUUACUAUUGGAUGCGUAGAAAAGCCAUUGACGAUGCUUGCUUGCUGGGUGGAUGAUCCCAAUGGUGAAUAUUUUAAGAAGCACAUUCCAAGAGUUGCUGAUUACUUAUGGAUUGCAGAAGAUGGAUUGACCAUGCAAAGCUUUGGGAGUCACACAUGGGGUGUUAGUCUUUCAAUUCAAGCUCUGCUUGCUGCCAAUGUCAGUAAUGAAAUUGGACCCGUACUGAGGAAAGCACAUGAGUUUUUGAAGAUGUCACAGGUGAGGGUGGAUCCUUCUGGUGACUACUUAGCCCAUUUUCGCCACACUUCUAAAGGAGCAUGGACUUUUUCUGAUAGAGAUCAUGGUUGGCAAGUUUCUGAUUGUACUGCAGAAGCUCUCAAAUGUUGCUUGAUUCUCAAAACCAUGCCACCGGAACUUGUGGGGGAGCCAAUGGAACCGGAGUGUUUAUACGAUGCAGUUAAUGUCUUACUUACGCUACAGGGUAAAAAUGGUGGUGUAUCAGCUUGGGAGCCAACAGGAGCUCCAAGAUGGUUGGAGUGGCUGAAUCCUGUGGAAUUCCUUGAGGACCUUGUGAUUGAAUACGAGUAUGCAGAAUGCACUUCCUCUUCAAUUCCCUUGCUUUUAUUUAGGAUGUUAUUCCCCGUGCAUAGGAAGAAAGAGAUUGAUGAGUUUAUCACCAAGGCUGUGACAUACCUCGAACAAAUUCAAAUGCCAGAUGGUUCAUGGUAUGGGAAUUGGGGAAUAUGCUUUGUGUAUGGGACAUGGUUCGCAAUCAAAGGGCUGGAGGCAGCUGGAAGGAACUAUUAUAAUUGUGAGGCUGUGCGCAGAGGUGUUGAGUUUUUACUUAGUACACAGAGAGAGGAUGGUGGUUGGGCUGAGAGCUACAAAUCAUGCACCAACAAGGUAUAUACACCAUCUGAAGGAAACCACUCGAAUUUGGUGCAAACUGCAUUAGGAUUGAUGGGUUUAAUCCAUGGUCUACAGGCUGAUAGAGACCCAACUCCUGUACGUCGAGCUGCAAAGCUUUUGAUAAAUUCCCAAUUGGAAAAUGGGGAUUUCCCACAACAGGAAAUUAUGGGAGUUUUCAUGAGGAACUGCAUGCUGCAUUAUACAGCUUACAGGAACAUUUUUCCAUUGUGGGCCCUCGCUGAAUAUCGGAAUUUGGUUCCAUGUCCUUCUAAUUAAACGAACAGCAAAUCGUGAAGCAGGUUUGUAGAACGUGCAAAGGUGGUCUUGCCCAAAAGCUUGGAAAAUUUUAUACUUAAUUACUACAUCUACAAAAAUGUUUAUGAAAUAUCAUAGUUAAAUUAAGUUUCGCCAGGGCUAGUCAGAUGUGAUAAAUACAUAGAAGAAUGUUUUUACUAGGCAGUGUCAGAAAAUUUUUAUUGCCUAGUUUUCAUCUAAUUAUAUAUAAGUUG